AUGGUCGUAAGAAUGGCAAUACUCACUGACGAUGCCGAUUAUGAUGCCGGAGAAACGUCUGUGAAUGUACCACGUCCACGGUCCUACUCUGGAAAUGAUGAUGCAUACAAUGGACUCCGGAAGCAUUCCUCUAAGUCUUCCUACCAACAUGACCAAACGAAUACACCAGCCUAUCUGCCUCGGCUCCCCAUCCCUCUUCUCGUACCCGUACCCGUACCCGUUCCCAUUCCAGUUCCCGUACCCAUUCCCGUUCUCGUUCUCGUUCUCGUCGCGUCCUCCUUCCUGCCCCCGUCCCAGUUCCUGUUCCCUUCCCACUGCCUUCGCGACCGAGUUGUCUGCUGUCGCAUACACACGUGGCAGACAGUCCCACGAAUCUCCGUCCACACGUCGAAAAAACCGACAGGUGAUGUCGGCCAAAAUGAGCUGUGUGUUAUUCAAACAAGGACUAAAAGAGCUGAAACAGAGUGGAUUUCAUUCGUUCACAACGGGGAGUUGAGAGUGGAACCAAGACAGGGUGGGGAUGGGAGUGGGGAGUGGGGAUAG